AUGGCACCACGUCGCGAGUGCCUUGUAUGCGGCUCAAGACAGUGGCACAAAGAGCCUCAAAGUGGCGUGGUGACCUGCAGCGAAGGCCAUGUUCUACAGAACUACCGUAAUGAGAGCAGUGCCAGGGAGAUAACUGAGAUUGGGCCACAUGCUGUGCAUAAGCGAACGCUGAAUAAGAGGCAAAAGAAGCAGAAGUUGAGUAAAGCCGACCCCAAGUUCUAUCAUGGGGAACGAGCACGCUUCCACUACUUCCAAUGCUUACAGCUCAUUUUGUGCAUGCAAGUCGAGGCCAUCACGCGUAUAUGGGAAUUACCCCCCGAGUUCGAGACGGUCUGUCGAGAAUUGUGGGCGUUGCAUCUGUCGCUACUAUCCAGCCCUCCUAUUGCCGAGUCCCUGUUGCACCUCCAAGGCAAGGAAGGUGCCGGAGCCAAUGGGUCUCAGACACGGCAACCGAAGGAGGGCGAUACUCCACAAGGCAGGGACAGCGAUAGCAAGUCCGACGAGGGCAGCGCACAGAACGUCUCUCUUGGCUCGUCGUCUUCGAGUUCCGAGUCAGUGUCUGAAGAAUCAGACAGAGACGACGACCUCGAGGCACUCAUGCGAGAGAACUCAGAGUCGUCUUCUACGGACGAAGAGGAGAGCGCAGAAGAGCGUGCGCAACGCAAAGAUUCUGAAUCCAUGCGUCGGAAAGCGCGACAAUUUGUGCAAUCGGACGCUCCCGUGAGCACACUCUCCAUACUAGUGGUCGCCUGCUGGACACUUCGAAUUCCCGUGAUGUACAACGAUCUGCUAAGACUUGUGGAGGGUUACGAGGUCCCAUACUUGGACACUCUGCGACUAUUAUCUGAAAGCAUGACCAGUCAUCUCACCAGACAAACCACACAAGCAUUGUCACCCAACCAUGUGCCAUCUACGCUUUCCCUUCACCACCUCUGCUCUCGUCUAGGGCGACUUCUUUACGCUUCGUAUGGAAUCCUAACUCCCGAAAUGAAUGCCGCACCGAUUUUGUGGAGAGCAGUGCGCUCUCUACAGGGCACGCCGGUACUGUAUGCUCUCGCCAAGAGAUUGGCCCAUAUCCUUUCGAUACCUCUCACUCUACACAGGUCGCUAUCUCCCGCUCUCAUGAAGCAGAAGAAGCGCGACCCGACCUACCAUAUACACGAUAGCGCCGUCCCCGAGGUUGCGCUUAUCGCCUGCGCCAUUGUUGUCCUGAAGCUCGUGUAUGGCUUGGACGGUAACGCGAGACGUCCUUCUGAGCCGGAAGACCCCGCGAAUGCGCUGCCCACCCUGUCAGAGCUUUUGGCCGCUAUCCGAGAGGCGGAGUUGGAGGAGGCGAAACAUCCCACCCCGGCCUCCAUGGGAACUAGCACAUCGGCGCUCGACAUGGACGGAGCCAUGAUGGACGCGUAUCUGGAUUUCUGUCAACGGGCGUUGCUUCCCCGAGAGGAUCGCAUGCCUGGUAUGCUAUACAAUUUCCCCCUCUGUGAAGGUGUUGGAAAUGCGACCACAUCACGGAACAAGAAGCCAGAAGAGGCACAGCCUCGCCAGCCAUACGUCCCAAAUGCUGUGCCUUCGGAGGAUCCGUCGGAGGUCCCGAGGAAGCCCGGGGAACAAUACACGAUCUACCACACACAAGACAUUCUCGGCACGCUUCCGGAGGACCUCGAGCUCGUCGUCUCGUCUGCGGCGCGUUGGGCUGGUGUCGAUGUGCUCUACGUGUCCGGAGUCGUAGAACGUGUCGAAAGACGUUUCGAAAUUUGGUGGGAGACCCUUCGCAAGAGAGAACGCCGGGCAGAACUGGAAAAUGCGAAGACCGUUGAUGCGCGCUGA